CAACCUGGAGAUAUCAAUAACACAACAUGAUAUUUAUGACAAGCUUUGGGGGAAUUUUAUGAAAUUAUGAUCGACUGUGGAGCUGUCGGACAUGACGGACUGUGUUGUUUUUCUGAGGACGCUAUAGACCAUAUCGUGAUAUACGGAACAUACAUAGAGAAAUAUCCUAUAUAUGUACCCAUUGUUGCGGGCCUCCCAAUGAAUGUUGUAUAAGCUCGCUAGACAUUGAUUAUUAGUAGCAUGUACAAUGUACGUUGAAGUCUUCAGGACAUAAAAUCAAUGACGUCCCUGAUGUCUGACAGCAAACUGUAUAUAUAUUGCAGCGUCUGCACGCUUCAAAUCGGGAAAGGAAAUGCGGAGGCCUGAAUAAUUGACAUCAUUUAGGAGAGGAGCCUCUGACGAAACUGGACAUGCAGAUACCGUUGUCGCAACAACAAAUGUGUGUACAGCAACGCUUUUGAAGUGUCCGCUUCCAGGGCCGUGACCGACAGUGUUUAUUUAAAAGCUGCAUCAGCAAUGACAAUCAUUUUACUACAUCUGAUAUAACAAAACAUCAUACGCCACGGUUGCGGGGGAACCGGUCUAUAUUAAUUAAUUGCGUGUUGCCUGGUAAUUGACGGCUAGUGAAAGCUCUUACCAUUAAUAGCAAGGAAGGCCACAUCUGUGCAAGGAGAUUGGAGCAUGUAAAUGCUGCAGAUAUUCUGAUAAAGGACAGUGACGACCACCGUGUGAGAGGUGACCAGCAGGUUGUUGCACUGUGGCAUUCAUUGAAAAUUGUUGUCUGAUGCGUCUGAUCAAGACACCAGCAUCAGCAACUUGCGAGUGCAAGGCUUCUGAUUGUAAACCAAUGACAUACUGGUCUUUUUUGUUGAAUUUUCCAAAGCUCUGGCCUCAGCUACAUUCAAACAUAAAGUGCCACGGGGAUAUGGAUUUUUCGCAAGGUUGUGACAGGGAAAACAGUUAUGACAACCACCUGAUAUAGUGGCGUACGCGGGUGACGUACUCGUGCCGGUAAUUUCUCUCACAGUUUAGUAUGCAAAUUAGGACAUUCAACAGUCUGACCAGGUAAAUAUGAUAAUGGGACAUGAUUGCCAUGGAUAAUUCUUGUCUUCUAAAUACUUCAUGUAGUAUAUGAUCACGUUUACUUUAAGUUGAAACCACACACGAACAGGUUGUUAUGUCAUGCUUGCAAUGGGACUAAGGCACCGACGUGAAACCCCGUGAACCACUACUCCUGGUGUGCUGUAUUGGAUUUGUGUGUCGUCGUGUCGUAUAGUCAAAACUAGUAAAUGAUUCGAAAGGGAAUAAUACAUUAACGUUGUUGUUGCAUGGAGUAUUGACCGAAUGAGAGACAUCAGUUUUGAUGGUGUGAACCAGCGUACAUGUUGUGACCAGAAGUGAAUGGCAUGAAUGUUGAUAGGUAGAUGAAAGGGGAAUUUGCUAAAGGAUGGAUUAAUUUAAGACAAGAGCAAAGUUAUGAUAAUUCAUUAAAGGGGUUGUUAAACUGAAGACAUCGUAUCUGCCCAGUUGAUUUCUUUGGUUCUGGUGGAGUGUAUUUAGAGAUUCCUUCUGGAUACAAAAGGAUUACCUUCGCUGUACUGAGGCGUCCUUUUGAAUGAGACAGGUCUCAGCCAAAAGAGAAACCCGACAUUGGAUUAACUCAACGUGCUAUACUGGCCCGUAAGUUGACCGUAUCUCGCUAAUGUUGAGAUAAAGGUUCCCUUUGCCUUUCUUGGACUAGCGUCUUCGAAGUAUUCUGAGUGUCCAAAUAAUUGAGGGGCGAAUUUGGGUUUCUGCAAACAGUGAAGUCGAUUCGGGUGUUUUUGUGUGUAAAAACGUGGUCUCUGCUUGAACAGCCAUAAUGGCAUCGCGACAGCAACCCGAGGAGGACCCAGACAUUGACAUUGAUGAUGAGGAAUGGAAUGGAAUCGAGGAUGAGCUGAGUACCUCGGAGUCUUCGGAGGAGGAGGAGGAAGAGGAGGAACAGACACGUAGGCCUUCUCCUCACUUCGUGCCACAGGACCCGGAUCUUCUGCAGCGCAAACAAGAGGCGCUGCACAACUCGCAAGACACAUUAGUCCUUACCAAACAGUUGAAACAGCGCAAUGUGGCUGAGAGUCGCGACCACGGGCUGUAUCAUCGGCAGCAUGAUGCUGAGGGAUUACUGAACCAUCGCUACAAGCCGCAGGUCACCCUUCAGGGGCGUGGGCAGAAGGAUGUUCAGAAUGUUGACUUUUCUGAGGACAUAUCAUUGGAUGGGCGGCGAGGAAAAGAGGGUAGGCACUACAACUCUGGCAGUGGCGAAAGAGCGCUGACUCCGACAUCCCCAACCACACCUGUACUUGUCGUCAGCGGCGAGGACGACGCAGAGCGCCGAGGACGGGUGUCACCCCGGAUUUCUCCACGGGGACAGACAAGCAAACAAGACCCAUGGCAUGGAAAGCGGCAAGGUGCCGCGAAAGGAUCUCUGCCAUCUAUCGCAGUACAACACACCCGGUCAGAGUCCUCCGGCUUGCCGUCCAUAGGGAAGAGCCAAUCGAAUGAGACACUACCUGCGGCUGGCAGACGGUCCCCUCAUAGGAACUCCCGGCCGGAUACACCAGACAUUGCUACUCUAAGUCAAAGGAUGCAUAAUAGUAGUUUAUCAAAAUCCUCGGAGAAUCUCCGCCACGGUGUGUCGUCCCCUACGGCCCCGCUUCAGAGCCCGCGCCUGGAGCAGCGAGGCCUGCCAGCACACCGUCCAAAGUCACCCAAGGUGUCGCUGCGAGUGAACAUGAAUAAGAGCAAUCAGUUGUACUCCAAGGACGAGUUGCGCGCCUCUAGUCCGAACUCUCAUCAGCGUUCAUUAUCAGCGGGGACGCCGAGGAUGUGAUAAAUAUACAUGAUACUUGGUGAAUUGUCAGUUGAGCAUACACGGAUGCCCACCAAACGGAGUGACUAGCCAUGCGUCAUAGCUUGGUGUAAUGGCUGUUAAAGAUCCCUUGCGUGGUGAUCGGGAGUCUAACAUGUCUAACAUGCCAGUACCAUGUCGGACGUUUUGGGGACGGCAGCUGGGACAAGGAACAAUAUCUUUCGUUACCAGCUGCUGUAGUCAUAACGUAUCUGCCUGAACAGAAACUGUAACUGUUCUGUAGUACGGGAACAGACAGGCCAUCGUUUGGAGAGAAGUUUGUUAAGUAUAAAUGAGGCAUGCGGAGGUGACGGACUUCUGGUUUCCUUCUUGAGUUGACCAAAGCUCUACUUCAGCAGUUGGUCUGCAGUCUCAUUUGAUGUUGUGACGUCGUUGGUCAUUAUUGCUUCUAGUCAUAUAGGAAACCUCUCAUCAAAGAUGUACUGUAGUCGAUUAAGAAUAACCUGAAUAUACAUGUAUAUUGCUUCUGUCCACAGACGAAUAGCGACUGCCGAGUCAUUUAGUCGAGGCUCGCCACGAAUCUAGAAACUCAUGUCUCGCUCAUUCCUCUGGACGGCCAAUCCGGCCAGCAGGUAUGAAAUUUUCUGAAUUUCGCUGAAAUCGUAGGCGUACAUCCAUCAUGAUUACACAGUACAAUCAUAAUGUAUUUUUCUUGUUGUCGUCAUAUCGCUUGUAUAAUAUCGCAAUAAAUUCUCCGUCCAGACUGGUAAAUGUGUAUUCCGUCCAAGUCGGUCAUGUUCAUCCCUCGGCACGCCGUCGAAGCUAACUGAAAUAAUAUUGUGUGUCUUCAUAGUCCAAGAAGUUGUUGUUUUUUCCUUUUAAGUGGAACCUUGGUUAAUCUAAGGGGGGCUUAAAUCUGGUAAUGAUAAACCGUCUGGUGGUCUCCAUAAUUGCUGGCGAUGCCAACCAGUAAAACGUAUCGUCUUGGUUUUUGUAACAUGUGCUGUUCGGUUUCUUUUGUUUAUUUCAUAAUGUAAGUAAAUAUUCAAAUACAUGUACCAGUUCA